AUGGUUGGUCGACAUGGAAAAUCACAUUCGUGUACAAGUUCAAACUCAGUUCACAGCGCUCGAAAAACGGACGAUUGUCAUCUUGCCAUCGCCAAGUCCUUGAACCCCAAUGACAAUCCAUGUGCUGUAAUGGGUUGCAAGGAACAAUUUGUUUCUCGAGUAUCCUCAUACGAAGUAUUGGACAAUAUACAUCAACCACAAUCCAAGUGUCAAAGCAUCAGUCCAACUAUCAAAGGUCGUACGUCUGACGAGGGCUCUCUAUCUCCUCUCAAGCGAAAAGACGACAACGACUAUGCAUCUGAUCUACAUACACAACAGGCCAAGCGUAUUCAAAAGGAAAAUGGUUCGGAUCAUUGCUAUGCUCGCGAUAUUAUCAACCAAGAUCAAGAGUUAUGGGCUACGCUUGCAGCUUUGAGUGAAGAUAGUCGAACACCAGGUGUUAUCCCACGACUAGAGCCGCAGUUCACUAGUCUCAACAGAAAAGGCAAUACCAUGGCAGCUUAUUUAUGCAGCCCUUACACCGAUCAUAUUGCGACUGGAUUUGUUGACCUUGGAUGGGGAUGUGGUUACCGCAACUGCCAAAUGUUGAUGACCUUUUUGCAACGCCAACAAGAACAUGGUGAUUCCCUUGUACGAGAAGUGGCUGAUAUAUCGGGGCUCCAGCUGUUACUGGAAAGGGCAUGGAGUGAAGGAUUCGACAAGCAAGGAGCCAAGCAAUUGAAUCAUCGAGUAUACAAGACAAGGAAAUGGAUUGGUACUACCGAGGUGUAUUGUAUGCUGGUGUAUCUUGGUAUUCGAUGCACCAUUCUUGACUUUCAUCGACCAUCAGGACCCAACAAUUCCCAUGACAGCAUGUUUGACUGGAUCCAAUCAUACUUUCAAAGCGGCGUCUUGGAUAAGGAUCCCAAUACAUACAACAAGAAAGGCAUCGUGCACAUCACCGAUAGGCCACCACUCUAUUUACAGCACUCUGGUCAUAGCCGAACAGUGAUUGGCAUCGAGAUACUCAAAGAUGGGAAGCGUAACUUGAUCAUGUUUGAUCCUGGAAGGCGAAUGUUACGUUCGUAUCGAUCAUCUACAGCACCUGAAGACGACACUACAGUAUCCUCUGCCAAUUCAGAUGGUGACUCAAACUCUUUGGAUGGCAAUGACAAUCAGGCACAGCCCUAUUCGUUCACGUCACGGAUUCUAAGUUGGAAACCAAAAACGGGAUUACCUGCCAACCUCUUGCGUCCUUUUCGCGUUGAUGCCAAGACGAUUGCAAAGAAUCGGCAGUAUCAGCUUUUGGUGCUAGGUGAAGUUGAAGAUGAUCGUCCUAAUGGUGGCACCCUAUCAUGGAAUCGCGACAAGGGAUAUCUGUUGGAUCAAAGUGAACGGGAAGCAAUGAAAAAUGUAGCCAGUAUGCAGGCCCAUUAA